CUUCCGGGGCCUCCCCGCCGCGAGGGUUCGCCCUUCUCCCUCGUUGUGCUUCCGGUGUGAAGGUCGGGGCAAGAUGGUGCCGCCGGUGCAAGUGUCUCCGCUCAUCAAGCUCGGUCGCUACUCCGCCCUGGUCCUCGGCAUGGCCUACGGAGCCAAGCGCCACAGUUACCUGAAGCCCCGCGCGGAGGAGGAGAGGAGGGUGGCGGCGGAGGAGAAGAAGAGGCAGGACGAGCUGAAGCGGAUUGAGAGGCAGCUGGCCGAAGCCCAGGAAGACAGCAUACUUAAGUGAGAGGCACCAGCUCUGCCAUUUUCCAGCCCCAUCGGAUGAAUAAAAAUUUGGUUUGUGA